AUGCCCUCGAAGCAUGGGAACGCCGUCGUUGUGGUGGCAGCUACGUUGCUAUUUUUCUGCUGUGCAGUGACGUACGGAGGGUAUACGUUCCCGAAAUGCGCUGAGAACGGCCAAGGCUGUUGCCAGUAUGGCCUGGAGUUGAUGCGUCACCACGGUCUGGUUGUACUUAAGGUUGAAGACAGCGACAUCGUCGUCACGUGCAAAAGCGGGUUCCUACGCUGUUCGGAGGAGAAUCCGGAGCAGAAGGCGAGCUAUGAUCCGGCAGCGAACGAUACGUGUCCAGACUUUGCUGCUAUGAUGGAGUCGCGUUCGGAGAUCACGUACCUGAGUGGAGUCCAGACGAAGGACGACGACGAGGCUGAGGCUGAGGCCGGCCGCGUCCAAGCUGUGGACAUUUGA